ACGCACCCGACGGGGAUGGCGCGGGCCGCCGGGGCUUCGCUACUACCGGAAGUGACGUGUUUCACCUGCCGAGCGAGGGCGGGGUGGGACCGGGCAGCGAGGUGCGGCCGCCGCCAGCCAGUCGGGAGCGCGCGAGGAGCUGGGAGACUGAGACCCCGGGGUGAGAGCCGCCUACCUGCCGUCGUCUCCCACGGCCGGGCCGCCACCAUGGCGCUUCUGCUGCGCUUCGCGCUCCUGUGCGCAGUGGCGGAUUUCACCAGAGGUUUGAGUAUCACUACUCCUGAACAGAUGAUUGAAAAGGCCAAAGGGGAAACUGCUUACUUGCCAUGCAAGUUUACGCUCAGUCCGGAAGACCAGGGGCCGCUGGACAUCGAGUGGCUGCUGUCACCAGCGGAUAACCAGAAGGUGGAUCAAGUGAUUAUUUUAUAUUCCGGAGACAAAAUUUAUGAUGACUACUAUCAAGAUCUGAAAGGACGAGUACAUUUUACAAGCAACGAUCUCAAAUCUGGUGAUGCUUCAAUAAAUGUGACAAACUUACAGUUGUCAGAUAUUGGCACAUAUCAGUGCAAAGUGAAAAAAGCUCCUGGUGUUGGAAAUAAGAAGAUUCAGCUGACAGUUCUUGUUAAGCCUUCAGGUACAAGAUGUUACGUUGAUGGAUCAGAAGAAAUUGGAAAUGACUUUAAACUCAAAUGUGAGCCCAAAGAAGGUUCUCUCCCUCUACGAUAUGAAUGGCAGAAGUUGUCCGACUCGCAGAAACUGCCCACCUCGUGGUUACCAGAAAUGACGUCCCCUGUUAUAUCUGUGAAAAACGCCAGCGCCGAAUACUCCGGGACAUACAGCUGUACGGUCCGAAACAGAGUGGGCUCUGACCAGUGCCUGCUGCGCCUGGACGUCGUUCCUCCUUCAAAUAGAGCCGGGACAAUUGCAGGAGCUGUGAUAGGAACUUUGCUUGCGCUCGUGCUUAUCGCUCUUAUUGUCUUUUGCUGUCAUAAAAAGCGCAGAGAAGAAAAAUACGAAAAGGAGGUUCACCAUGAUAUCAGAGAAGACGUGCCUCCUCCCAAGAGCCGUACGUCCACUGCCAGAAGCUACAUCGGCAGCAAUCACUCAUCCCUGGGAUCCAUGUCCCCGUCCAACAUGGAAGGAUAUUCCAAGACUCAGUACAACCAAGUGCCAAGUGAAGACUUGGAACGCGCUCCUCAGAGUCCGACGCUCCCGCCCGCUAAGGUAGCUGCCCCUAAUCUGAGUAGGAUGGGGGCGGUGCCUGUGAUGAUUCCAGCGCAGAGCAAGGACGGGUCCAUAGUGUAGGGCCUCUGUGCUCUUCACCCGUGCUCUCCUCUGGGAAUAUGAACACCCGUACAUUUUGCUACCAGCCUCAAAAUACAUGAGAAAAAAAAAACAGCUAACCCAAAACUGUAAGAAUAAUACAUCAAAAAGUUUUGUUUGGUUAUACUGAAAUAGUAAAGGCAUUGAAGUUCUGAGGACAGACUCACUAUCUAAAUAAUAUUUCCUUUAAGAGCUUGACUUUAUAGGUUUCUGAAUAUCAAUACUUAAGUCAGAUGUGGCACUUUGAAUAUGAAAUCAGAGGUGAAGAAGGAAAUUGGUGAACUUUCAUGCACACCAAGUUGAUACUUGAAUCAUCUAAAAUUUCUGCCAUUGUUUUUAGAUUGCUUUUUUUCUACUUAAUUUAUGUGACCCAGUAGUGUUCCCCUAACCCCCUCAAAAUCGGUAAAGAAAGAUUCAUGGCAAAAAUACUUACAUGCAUUUGCGUUUGUUCUUGUUUUCACUUCUUUGAAAGCUUUGUGUUUGAAAUGUCUCUAAUAACUAGAAAACACUACAGUGUUCUAGAAAUCACCUAGUUCCGUGUAAUUCAUAAGCCUUGGAUAUUAAAUGACUUCUUAAGUAUUUAACGGAUAGAUUGCCGUGAGUGGCAGGGACAUAGAUUGCUGGCAGGGACAUAGUAGGCUCUUUGGUAUGCUAAAUUAAAGGAGCAUUUAUCUAAUUCAUUUAGAAAAUUUGCUGUUGAUGACACUAGUGGUGCAAUAGUGAGGAUGGAUUUUGUUGAUUAAUGUUCCAGUGGCCCGAGGCCUGUGGUGGUCUGCAGAACAGUGACCUGCUAUCGAAGAUGUAUAGUAUUUUGCAGUUCCCAAGUAAAUGCUGGUCCUGCGCUUUAGGUGACAUUUGCCUAAUAAGAAAAAAAAUUAUAACUCAUUUGUUGUUUGGCAAUUACAGAUUGUCAUUCUCUAAAUUAUUGGUUCUAAAUUGAAGAAUUUUUUGUUUUCCUGGUUUGGUUUUUUGUGUUUGUGAUGGUGUUGCAUAUUAUAUGUUCUAGAAAGGUAAUCUGAAAUUUACCCUCUUGAAUGCAGUUCCUGGAGGAUAUUUUCUUCAUAGACUUAGAAUGAUAAACUACAUUUUAAAUUAGUAAGUGUCCUCUGUCAAUUCUGUAUUUCAGACUUGGGAGGAUGUACAGUUGCUAUUGUAUGGCCAACAUGUCUUGUGUAGUUUCAGAAAAUCAAGUUGAGCUUGGAAAAGUUUUGUCUUAGUUUUGUGGAAGUGACUUAAUCUUUAAAAAAAAAAAAGAGAGAAAUGAAAGGAAAAGGAAUUAGAAAAAUACUCCUACUGCCAAAUGUGUUAAAUACUGUUUUAGUAGAUGAAAGUGAAUUUAUUGUAUUUCCCUUAAGAUUGUGAGGGAGUGUGGAUUUAGUAGAAUGAGCCAACAGUUUCUUUAAAGUAAUAAGGUCUGCAAUAAAUUAUUUCACUAGCUCUAAAACCUUUUCCCUAGAUUUUAGUAGGGAGUUGGUUUCUGUUCAUCUCUUUGGGUGCUGUGGUGGUAAAUGCUACAUUACACAUUAAUGUUGGCAUGUAUUUAUGAUUAGGCAGAGUAUUGUAUACAUUUUUUAAUGGCAAAUUAAAGCUGAAUGUGUAAUGGAUUCAUGUAUAGUUUUACAUAUUUGGAAGCAUUUUUAACAUAGGUUUUUAACGUUACAUAAUGUUGCUUUUAUACUUAUGUUAACAUUUUCAUCUGUGCCUUUUGGGUAAUUUAGUUUUAUUACGAAUUUCUGGUGCCUAUGAGCUAGCUAUCACCUGAAAGGUGCUUAGAGGUGAAGGUACUGUUCCUGAAAGUGCAUCACUGUGAUACCUAUCUAUCCUCAUACCUUCAGUCUGCCUCUUCCUGUUCUUUUUGCAUACAAGGUAACUGAUUGUGUUGCUCAUGUAAAGUUUUUAAAAUGUCAACAUCCCCUACACUCUUUGACUGUGUUUCUGAUUUUAUAAUAAUAACUAUUUUUGAAUAUCAGAGCUCUGAUCUGUUUUAUAUGAAUAAAAUGUAUAAGGUAUUAUAGAAGUAAAUAACUGAGCACAGACAUCACUAAUAAGAAUUUUGGUCCUUCCUCGUCCCAGUUUUGUAAUGAAGAGUAUUCUAUCAGUAUACGUAGAAAUCCCUACAAAAAGUGGACAUAGGUAAGGCUUUCCUUACCUUAGACUUCAUAGUUAGUCUGGGAUUUGACUGUAGAAUCUCUUCUGAAAGUGCUUUGCAGGCAAGAAUACCGAAGUGGCUGCCAUUUCCUACUCCGGGGAUCUUCCCUACCCAGGGAUCGAAUCCACAUCUCUUGCAUCUCUCCUGCGUUGGCAGGCGGAUUCUUAACCCCUAGUGCCAUCUGGGAAGCUCCCCGUUGUUUCUCUUCCCUUAGACUUCGCAGUUAAUCUAGGAUUUGGCUGUAGAGUCUCUUCCAGAAUGCUUCCUUCCAAUUCAGGUCCAUUAGCACCUACAGCCUGAAAAACAAGGUCAGAGGAAAAAAGGCCAUGACCUCAAGAGACCUGUUAGAUGUGGUUGAGUUUGGAGGACAGAACUCAGUUUUCAGUUUAAAUCUCCAGCUACUCGUAAAUUUCAGUGAAUCCAAAAGUCAGAUAGUGCUGACAGCUUCCUAAAUAAUUCUGACUGAUAGUUUCCACUGAACUAGAGAUCAAAUAUUUGUUCAGAAUUACUGUUGGUAAUCAUCAAGCAAGUCAACAAAAGAUUAUUAUUCAAGCAUUUUGAAAUGUCAGUCAAGGACAGUGCUGAACCAUCAAAGCAAAGCUGUUCCAUUCCACUUUGUACCUAAGAGAAUUGACACCAUCUUUUUGAGUUAUUUGGGGUACCUUUAAAAGAAAUAUAGAGGUUAUCAUUCUGUGUUUUGAAUAUGUAGAUUACAGGUGUUUGUUUUCAUAUGGCAACCUUACUAAUAUUUCCCUGUUGGGAAAUCAAAAACAAAAAAAAUAUUGAUUAAACUGACCAGUUACUCCAGGCAGAUAACCUUUAAAUUUGGACUGUCAUGGAGUCAUUGCAAUGGAAACACAGACUGAGUGUGUCUUACGGGGAUGUUAAUUCAAGAAACACAAUUAUAUUAUUGGUAUGAAGAUCUGGUUCUUAUUAAAAAGAUGAUUUUUAGGAUUGAGUUCUGGAUAUUUGUAGCAGGUAACAGGGGCAGAUAAGACAGUUUGAUUAAACAUGAAAAGAAUUCAUUGCAUGAAGUUGGAUAUCCAGUCCUGUAAUGUAUGGCUUCUUAACUAUUCUGUCUUUCUCUGUGCGUGCAGCAUGUAAAUUUGAAGUUAUAUAAACGUUUAAAGUUUUUUUUCUAAUCUUUUUCAUCUCCUUAGUGUUUAGGGCUUUCAGAUGGCCUUAUUCCAGGGUGCAAAGAAAAAAAAUUCAUAUUUUUUGUGGUUAAUGCUUUGAUGUGUCAUGUAAGGAGUAGUUUGUAGAAAAUGUUGGCACAAUUUUAACUUUUUAGUGGCUUGUGACAUAUAUUAUAUAUAUGUGUAUAUAUAUAUAUCUUUAUAAUAUUUCUGUGUUUAGUAGUAUAAAUGUUCUGGGCAAGUUUUAAUAUUUCAAAUGCCUUUGGAUAUUCUUGCAAUAAAGGCGACGUGUUCUGUAGUUAGACCUUUUUUACUCAUUUGACACUAAAAUGGUUCAUAACUGAGCACAAAUUCUACCUAAUAGAAAUAGGAAAGAACAAUAUAUAAAUUGGUGAAUUGUGGUUCUGUUUGUCUUAUGAAAGGUAACACCAACACACGUUUGUUGUUUUGGCUUCUCACUGUUAAUUAAAAUCUAGUUUUGCAAAAUACCCUAGUUUGUAAUUUCAGAGCGCGGUAAAUGUCAGUUGAGUUUCGUUUAGACCUCAAACACUAAAAGCUCCAAAGAACUCUGUUUUCUACUAACUUAUUUUAUGACACAAGUGUUGAGAGAGCCGCAAUUCACUGAUUCUCUUAUUCUCAUUCCUAACUGUGAAUUUUUGUGACAAAUACACUUGUACUACUGAGAAGAAAUAUUUUGACACUUCACAUAUGCAAGUAGAGAACUGCAAGUGUCAGUUUCAAAAAUGAUUUUUUUGUAUUUCAAGUUUCUGGCUUAAAUAUCCAAUGGUGCAGAUUUUGAAAUUUGUAAGAACAAAGUUUGGUUUGAACAAAGCCAAAAACUUGCUCUAGUUUUGUGACCUUGUGUACUUUGAAAAUAAAAUCAAGAAAGCAGU